AUGCAAGCAGCUGCGAACGCUAUCCAGGACCAUAUGGGUCCGAUUGAGACCGAGGUCAAGCCGGAGUACAAGCAUGAUCCUACGGGCAAGACGAUGAAGGCGCUUGCCUGGUUCGGGACGAACGACCUUCGCCUGAUUGACGCGCCCGUUCCCGAUAUCACUCAGGACGACGACGUGAUCCUGAAGGUUACUGGGACGACUGUCUGUGGCUCGGAUAAUCACCUGAAGAACGGCGAGAUCGUGACCCUGCAGAAGGGCGAUAUCCUUGGCCAUGAGUUCAUGGGCAAAGUCUGGAAGGUCGGACCCAAGGUCACGAAGUUCAAGGAGGGCGAUCGUGUCGUCGCUGCGUUCCAGAUUCCCUGUGGUCACUGCGAGUACUGUCAGAAGAAGCUCUCGUCCUUCUGUGACAAUACGAACAACUCAUCACUAAUGAAUGCUAUGUAUGGCCAGCGCGACGCAGGCUUCUUUGGAUAUUCGCACUUCACUGGCGGCUUCCCGGGCGGACAAGCAGAAUACGUCCGCGUACCACGCGCCGAGGUCGCCUUGCUACCCAUACCGGACGACGUACCAGACGAGCAAGCCCUCUACCUAUCCGACAUCCUCCCUACAAGCUACCACGCCGUGUACGACACAGGCGUCGAACCUGGCGAUGUCGUCGGCGUCUGGGGCAUGGGACCCAUCGGUCUCUGUGUCGCUAAAUGGGCACUCUUGAAGGGCGCGAAGCGCGUCAUCGGCAUUGACAAGGUCGCCGACCGCCUCGCCUUCGCAGAGUCCAGGCUCGGCAUCGAGACGGUCAACUUCACCGAGUACAAGGACGUCCCGAAGCGCAUCUACGAGCUCGUCCCGCGCGGGCUGGACGUUGCCAUCGACUGCGGGACGUUCCACGAGCCGAAGACGCUGCUGCACAAGGUGCAGAAGACGCUCAUGUUGGAGACGGAUGUGCCGGAGAUCGUAAACGAGAUGAUCGUGUCGGUAAGGAAGAUGGGGAGGUGUGGGGUAAUUGCGGCGUACUCGGGCUAUGCGAACGGGUUCGCCAUCGGUGCGCUCAUGGAGAAGGGCAUUCGCUUUAUCGGCAAUGGGCAAGCGCCUGUGCUCCGGUACUGGGAGACGAUCUUGAAUGACUACAUUCGAACGGGCAAGUUUGACACCUCGUUCGUCGUCACCCACCGGAUUCCCCUCGACGACAUCGUCCCCUUUUACGACAUCUUCAACAACCGGCAGGCCGACGUCGAGAAGGUCUUCAUCGAGACACAGUUCUCUAGCCCGCCGAGCAAGGGCUUCCCGGCCACGACGCGGGUGAAGGACUGGGUACUAUAG